AAGCCUAUGGAUGUGGCAAAUUGUCAAAAAGUGAUGAUCUUAAAGGGGUAAAAUCACAUGAUCCGAUCAACUGAGGAUGUAGGCAAUUUUACCAUAGGUGGCCGGCGUCAUGAGGAGAUGGUUUAGGCAAAAAAAAACAAAAAAAACAAAACAAUUUUGACAAAAAAUGACUUAGGCGAUUAUUUUAACAGUGUGAUGUUAUGGUACUCUUAAAUAUAGUACUGUUGGUGUCCUCUGGGGGGCAGUAAAUGGCCUAAGAAUCUGCAAUGCAGCAUAAAUAAAACGUAGAAGAAGACGCUUCGCUCAAUGGAGGGAACUUUGACGGCUCCUUUAUUGUAAACGCACGGUUUUCUUAAUGUUUUGAGUUAAAAUAGCAUAUUACCGUCGUUUUUCGAGCGUCAAACUAUUUCACAAGGCAUAACGAAAGGAAAGCCAUGAGUGGAGAGGAAUCCCAGAGAGGCUCAUGGAGGGUUGGAAGUGGAGGAUGGAGAGGAGGAGGAGGAGGUAGUAGUAGUGGAUGGAGAGGAGGAGGCAGCAGUGGCAGUAGUAGUGGAUGUAGAGGAAGAGGCAGCAGUAGUAGUGGAUGGAGAGGAGGAGGCGGCAGUAGUAGUGGAUGGAGAGGAGGAGGCAGCAGUAGUAGUGGAUGGAGAGGAGGAGGCAGCAGCAGCAGUAGUAGUGGAUGGAGAGGAGGAGGCGGCAGUAGUAGUGGAUGGAGAGGAGGCGGCAGCAGCAGUAGUAGUGGAUGGAGAGGAGGAGGCGGCAGUAGUAGUGGAUGGAGAGGAGGAGGCGGCAGUAGUAGUGGAUGGAGAGGAGGGGGUGGAUGGAGGAGUAGACCAUGGAGAGGAGGGAGAGGUUCAACAGGAGGAUCAGGAAACCAUACCUUCAGCAGUCAAAUAGUCCUUUGUCAGACUACUCUGGAUAUAUCGUGCCCGUACAGAGGAUGGACACACUACUUCACAGAAGGGUUCAUAGAGAGCUCACCCAGUGUGGAGAAGAUCAAAGUGUUUGAGAAGUAUUUCACUUCAAAGAUUCAACUGUAUGACAAGGAUGAGAUCGAACGUCAAGGCAGUGUUUUGGUGGAUUAUGCAGACUUGACUGGAAACAAAACCGUUCUUGAAGCGCUUCCCGAUCUGAUCACAGAGCUGAAGGAGCAGCCAGAGCUGAUGCUCAAGUGUUUGGGAGUGGCCAUUCACCAGGUGUUGACAAUAGAUUUGCAGAAACAAGCUGCCGAGCUGCAAGGGGAAGAGCUUCCUGUCGCUGCACCAAUCAUCAACAUCCCUCACAUCAGCGCAAGGCUGUAUAACUAUGAACCAUUGACUGCGUUGCGGACGUUGCGUGCCAGUGUGUUUGGACGACUGGUCUGUGUGAGGGGAACAGUGGUCAGAGUGAGCAGCAUCAGACCUCUGUGUACCAGGAUGGCCUUCAGGUGCCAGGGCUACUCACACACACAGUCUCUGCCACUGCAGCAUGGGAAAUACACUACACCCACCAAGUGUAUCCAGCCUGACUGCCGCAGUCGUUCCUUCACCCCUGUUCGGAGUUCGCCUCUUACUCACACUGUAGACUGGCAGAUCAUCAAGGUGCAGGAGUUGAUGAGUGGCGAGCAGAGGGAGACUGGGCGAAUCCCACGGACUGUGGAGUGUCACCUGACCUCCGACCUCUGUGACAGCUGCGUCCCUGGAGACACGGUCACUGUCACAGGGAUAGUUAGAGUCACCAACGAUGGUACUUCUCGGGGAAAUAAGGACCAAUGUAUGUUCCUCCUCUACCUUGAAGCCACUUCAGUCAGCAAUUCUAAAGGUCAGCAGUCCAAGUCUGGUCAGGGGUCGCUUGAAGAUCGUUCUGGAGGGGAGGAGUUCAGUCUGAAGGAAUUAUAUGCCAUCCAGGAGAUCCAGUCACAGCCUGACCUGCUGAGACUUAUAGUACAGUCUUUGUGUCCUGCCAUCUAUGGCCACUUACUGGUGAAAGCUGCUCUAGUGUUGGCGUUGUUUGGAGGCAGACAGAAACACACAGGCAAGAACAGCGUCCCUGUAAGAGGAGACCCACACAUAUUGAUGGUGGGAGACCCUGGGCUGGGAAAGAGUCAGAUGCUGCAGGCAGUGUGUAAUGUGGCUCCCAGAGGAAUCUAUGUAUGUGGCAACAGCACAAGCACCACAGGGCUAACAGUGAGCUUAUCCCGAGACUCAGGAACAGGGGAUUAUGCUCUAGAGGCAGGAGCCUUGGUGCUGGCUGACCAAGGCAUGUGCUGCAUUGAUGAGUUUGAUAAGUUGGGCAGCCAGCAGCAGGCUCUGCUCGAAGCCAUGGAGCAGCAGUCUGUGAGUCUGGCUAAAGCUGGAAUAGUUUCCUCUCUGCCUGCCAGAACGUCAGUCGUAGCUGCUGCGAACCCCAUUGGAGGGCAUUACAACAGAGGCAAGACUGUUUCUGAAAAUCUGAAAAUGGGCUCAGCGCUUCUCUCUCGAUUCGACGUUGUCUUCCUCCUUCUGGACAUCCCAGAUGAGUCACAUGACCGCCAUCUGUCAGAACACGUCAUGGCAAACAGGGCCGGGAGAGGCAAAACCAGCAGCGCCACUGUUACCAGGGCCAACUGUGGUUUAGAGACCUCCAUCCUGCUAGAACACUCAGACCUGCCGCUGUCUGAACGUUUGCAGAUCCCUGCAGGUGAAACUGUAGACCCCAUUCCAGUAUGUUUGCUAAGGAAGUAUAUCAGCUACGCCCGCCAGUACGUCCAUCCCUCGCUCUCUCCUGAAGCAGCAAAUACACUUCAGGACUUUUACCUGUCACUGCGAUCUCAGUCACACUCUGCUGAUUCUACACCCAUCACCACACGACAGCUCGAGUCUUUAAUCAGACUGACUGAGUCAAGAGCCAGGUUGGAUCUCAGGGAGACGGCUACCAAGAGUGAUGCUGAAGAUGUGGUGGAGAUCAUGAAACACAGUCUGGCUGACACAUAUUCAGAUGGUCUUGGCAAUCUGGAUUUUGAGCGCUCUCAGCUUGGAGCAGGCAUGAGUCAGCGCAGUGCUGCAAAACGACUGGUCAACGCACUCCACUUGCAUGCUCAGAGGACCAAUCAGAAGCAGUUCGACCUACAGACGCUUCGAUCUGUGGCUGAAAGAAUGAAAAUCAAGGUGAUGGAUUUUGAAGGUCUGGUGAGUUCCCUGAAUGAACAAGGUUUCCUGCUGAAGAAAGGACCCAAGCUGUACCAGCUGCAGACUGUCUGAUCACUAACAACUACACCAUAGUAUGUACCUGCUCCUUCCUGCAAAACACUAUAAGGUCAGUGUUUGGGAUAACUUAACAUCGUCUCUUUGUACAGAGAAUGAAAAACUUUUGGUGUGGAACCCAUUAUCCAGACCACUUUCACCAAACCAACACCUGACAGACUACUGAAUAACCUUUUGAAGAGACUGUAAUAACCACAACAACUGACAAAGACGGGACAGAUCAUCCAACUACUGAAAAAUCACACAGAGCAUCUCUCCACUGGACCUUAAAGCAACCACAGCUUCCCACAUGAGCACAAACUUCCUGCUAAAAAGAGGAAGUGACACCAUUACACAUCUCUGUUGAAAUAGUCACUUAUUUACACACAAAAAGCUUCAAACUAAACAUGGCAUAAUGUUAUAUGGCUGUGCCUGCAUUGCAUCACUUAAGUAGGAUUUAAACAUUACUCAGGCUUUAAGAAAUGUAAUUAAGUGCAUCACCUCUUCAGUGGUGUCACAGAUACUUUUAUGUUAAAGAUAUAAAACCUUUUGAAAACUUUAUAAACACUUAUAGUCAGGUACGCUUUCACUGUACAUGUAUUUUACAGUACAUGGUGAUUUGUCAAACAGCUUUCAUACCUGAAUUUGUUAAGCAAGGUCGGUCUGAUAAUGCACUGAUAAUAAAUAGUAAUGCAUAUAAAUUGGAUGAAUACUUUAUAGGGGAGUAUAUUUUUUCACUACUGAGAGUUGUUUUUUAUUUUACUUUGUUCAUAAAGACUUCUAUGAAUAUGGUGAAAAGGCCACUAUUACUUAUUUUAUACAUCAAAUGACAUUUGUAUAAAUUAAUUCAUGUUAUUUUAACAGUUGCUUCCAGUGAUGCAGCUUGUCCUCACUUUGCAGAGCAGUCUCUGCGGUUCCGCUGCACGUGGCACCAAGCUGCUAUAUAUAGGUCUACACAGUGAACUUUCAUCCACUGAGGUUAACUGUCACCAACAACACCAAAAUAUUACAGAACAAACUUCACAAUAUAAGUAUCGAAACAUUUAAAAUCAGCAAAAGCUGAAACAGGAAGCUUGAUAUUACCUUCCCUACCCAAAAUGCAGACCUGUUUUGAUGUGGUAUUUAGCUGGAAGUAUAUUCUUCUCAGAUUGACUUCAUCAUCAUCCUCAAGUAUCCAGUAUUGGUCGGGCUAUAAUCUAAAAAGCUGCAUCAUGUACUUCUUUUUCUGUCCUUAUGCUUUCUCAAAUGUUCUGUAUCGUCUACUAUUUCUGUUUUCAUUUUGUUCCAUAUGCACUUUAUACGUUUUUUUUUUUUUUUUAAAUUGUGAAUAAAUAAUUUUAUUUUCUUAUAAAUCUUUUUCUUAAAGAUUUCCUAAUGUAUUGUCAUAUCAAAGCUAUUUGAUAUAGUGCCUUUAUUUCUUUUGCUGAUAUUUAGAAAUCUGAGUUGUCAAAAUCACAAAAUAUUUGAUUUUCAAAAUAAAAGCUUUGUUAACGACA